AUGCGCCGCGACUCGGCAUUACUACAGCUACUGCUGUUUCUCGCACCGCAGGUUUUGGGCAAGGAUGAUUUCAAUUUCCACCCAGAUAAGAAUUACCGGCCGCGGAACGUGACGGGGCUGGAUUAUUACUAUUAUCCAUGGAUUGGAUCAUACUACAAUGGAAGUGUCGUGUUCACCGUCUCCGACAUCGAGCGUAAAGACGAUCGCGCCGACUAUGAAAUUGAAAAGGGACCGAAGUUGGAGCUCUGCGAUCAGCUGCAAAACAUCACGUAUACAUGGUCAUACCCAGCAAUCCUAGCGAUCACAGAGACAGAAUCGGAAGAUGACCGGCCGAAAAACACGAACCCAAUCGAUGUUUCGCUGUACACAUCAUACUCAAACUUCACGAAAUAUUUCAACGAUUAUAUGGAUUCCGGUAACAUGCAGAUAACGGAGAUGCCCUUUGUGUUCCAGUCAAUUGAGAUGUCACGUUAUUCAUACCCCGCAAGUGAAUCCACGAAGCCAGAAUUUAAUCUGACCGUCGCCGAGGAAUCUGGGAAUGGGCUUCCUUUCCGAGUGACAGGGAUCUCAGAGCUAGAGCGGAACCCGCUCGAUACUUUGCAGAUGAACAUGUCGACCUGCUUCCGUACUGAGGGAUGGUGGGGUGCCGGUCCCAUUUCACUCAAUAACAGCUUUGGUAUCCCCGGCAUCACAAACCCAACCUUGCAGCUGGCAUUCGACGACUCUUCUGCGAGCUUCAGUAUUGGAUCUUGGUUUCUCGCGAAUACCUUAGCCGAAGAGGGGGAGGAGACCCCAAGAAUCUAUGGGAGAGUGACGAUCGAGUUCUUGGGGAGGAUUGAUGCUGCACGCUCGGAUAUCUUAAACAAGAGGACUCCGGUGACAUGGACACCGAGUCUAGGGUUUGGGAAUAAUUCCCGGGGUUUAGAUAAUGAGUCCGGCGCUUUCGUCACAGCCAGUGUGAACAUUCGUUGGAUAUGGGGGACUUUGGCGACUAGUUUAGCAUGCAUUUUCAUGUAG